AUGGCAGCCAUCGCCGAGCCUCAAAAAAUGAAUCUUAAUGGUUACGUAGGGUUUGAUACCAUCACCCGACAAAUCGAAAAGAAAUUACUGAAACGUGGUUUUCAGUUCAACGUCAUUGUCGUUGGUCAAACCGGGCUUGGUAAAUCAACCCUUAUUAACACCAUUUUUGCUGCUCAUUUGAUUGACAGCAAAGGUCGUACCAGUUCUGAAGAGCCUUUUAGACAAACCACCGAAAUUCAAACCGUUUCACAUUUAAUUGAAGAAAAUGGAAUUCGUUUGAGGCUAAAUAUCGUUGAUACCCCCGGAUAUGGUGAUCAAGUCAACAAUGAAAAUUGUUGGGAACCAAUUAUUAAGUAUAUUAAAGACCAGCAUAGUGCUUAUUUGCGCAAAGAGCUAACUGCUAUGCGCGAAAGAUAUAUCCAAGAUACGAGAAUUCACUGUUGUUUAUUCUUCAUUUCGCCUACUGGUCAUGCUCUUAAGCCCAUUGAUAUUGUGGUGCUUAAAAAACUUUCGGAGGUGGUCAAUGUCGUUCCUGUCAUUGCCAAAUCUGAUUCUCUGACGAUGGAAGAGCGGGUUGCUUUCAAACGAAGAAUAAAGUCUGAAUUGGGUUUUCAUAAUAUCAAGUUAUAUCCUUAUGAUAGUGAUGAACUUGAUGAUCAUGAGCGAGCUCUCAAUGAUAGCAUUAAGCAAAUGAUUCCUUUUGCAAUCGUUGGUUCGGAAAAAAAUGUUGUUAUUGACGGCAAGUCCGUUCGUGGUCGAAGAAACAGAUGGGGUGUUAUCAAUGUGGAAAACGAACAACAUUGUGAAUUCGUUCAUCUUAGAGAUUUCCUUACACGAACCCACCUUCAAGAUCUUAUUGAAACUACCGCUCAAAUUCACUAUGAGGCUUUCCGUUCUAAGCAGUU